ACUGUGCCCAGCCAUUUCUUUCUUUCUUUAUUUUUUUUUUUAGAGACAGGGUAAUGCUCUUUGACUCAGGCUGGAGUGCAGUGGCAUGAUCAUAGCUCACUGGAGGCUCAGACUCACAGGUUCAAGUGAUCCUCCCACCUAAGCCUACUGAAUAGCUGAGACUACAGGCACGCACCACCAUGCCUGGCUAAUUUUUGUAUUUUUUGUAGAGACAGGGUUUUGCCAUGUUGGCCAGGCUGGUCUUAAACUCCUGGGCUCAAGUGAUCUGCCUACCUCAGCCUCCUGAGUCACUGAGACUGUAGUUGUGUGCCACCAUGCCAGGCUAACUUUUUUUUUUUUGAAACAUGGUCUCUCACUCUGUAGCCUAGACUGGAGAGCAGCAGUGGACCACAGCUCACUGCAGCCUCAACCUCCCUGGGCUCCAGCGACCCCCCAGCCUCAGCUUCCCAAGUAGUUGGGACUACAGGCAUGCGCCACUGUGUGCCACCCAAAAAUCUUAGCAUACCGCGUAGCACAAAGGGAGCGUUCAGCACAUGGGAGCUAUUACCAGGCGUCUUAAUCCAUUUUGUGCUGCCGUUACAGAUUACCACAGACUGGGUAAUUUAUAAAGAAAAGAAGUUUAUUUGGCUCACAGUUCUGGAGACUGGGAAGUCCAAGAGCAUGGUGCAAGUAUCUGGAGAAGGGAGCAUUGGCUUUGCUUUCAUCAGGCCAAAGAUGCCUUUCUUUGGGAAUACGUUCAGUCCGAAGAAGACACCUCCUCGGAAGUCGGCAUCUCUCUCCAACCUGCAUUCUUUGGAUCGAUCAACCCGGGAGGUGGAGCUGGGCUUGGAAUACGGAUCCCCGACUAUGAACCUGGCAGGGCAAAGCCUGAAGUUUGAAAAUGGCCAGUGGAUAGCAGUCAUGGCUGCCGCCGUCGCUGCUGCCGGUGCAGGGGAACCCCAGUCCCCGGACGAAUUGCUCCCGAAAGGCGACGCGGAGAAGCCUGAGGAGGAGCUGGAGGAGGACGACGAUGAGGAGCUAGAUGAGACCCUGUCGGAGAGACUAUGGGGCCUGACGGAGAUGUUUCCGGAGAGGGUCCGGUCCGCGGCCGGAGCCACUUUUGAUCUUUCCCUCUUUGUGGCUCAGAAAAUGUAUAGGUUUUCUAGGGCAGCCUUGUGGAUUGGGACCACUUCCUUUAUGAUCCUCGUUCUUCCCGUUGUCUUUGAGACGGAGAAGUUGCAAAUGGAGCAACAGCAGCAACUGCAGCAGCGGCAGAUACUUCUAGGACCUAACACAGGGCUCUCAGGAGGAAUGCCAGGGGCUCUACCCUCACUUCCUGGAAAGAUCUAGAUUGUUAUUGCUGUUUGAGCUGUCUCAGUGGGAUAAGUUUGAAAUUCAAGUGUUUGAACUGCUGAUAAUUUGGAUUUUUUUUUUUUUUUAACUUUGGCACAUUGAUCUAUCUAAACCUGGUGGGGAGAAUUUAUCCCCACAUUGUCUCAUGGAAAGACUCAACUUGCAACUGUGCCCUCCACACUAUCCUUACUUCUGUCUCCACUCUGAUACCAGAGUGCAGCCAUGCAGACGGUUAUUCCAGCUCUGGUCACCCGACUCCUUUCACCAAAUUGCUCCUAACUGGAAGAUCUCUCACUUUCCCCUUGUGGGGUAGGAACCGAUGCCAGUGGGAGGGAUGUGCCCCUGACCAUUAACGACUGCUUUUUUUUUUUUUUUUUUUUUUUUUUUUUGUAAAGAAUGGAGUUGUUGGGGAGGGACGUGCACACAAUGUGAAACAGACAAAAUGCAUUACACCUGUAGUGUAAAGUGGCCACUAUGAAUCCCUAUGUAUGAGAGGAGGGAGGCAGGCUGCAGCUUCAGCCACAGAAUGGGGACUAUGGAAGACAGCAGGAGCUCAUUUCCUCUGCACAUUUUGGCUGUUAGACCUGUGUGUGUGUUUAAAAAAACAGAAGUCAGUGCUCACUUUUUGUAUUUAAAUAUUAAAAAUGAUUCCAACUGAAA